UGUGUUCCCAUCAGGCAUUGCGGUCAGUCAUGCAAGCCCAGAAAUCAAGAGUGACCGGCCAAGAAGUACCAUCACAACAUUAUAAGGAUAAGACUGACAACGUAUUAAUGAAGAUUUCCUAACACUGCAAGUAUGUGUCAUCGAAUUGAUGAUGUCAUGAAGCUGUGUUGUGAGUUAUCUGCACAUCAGCAAAUCCAGACCACAGUGAAAGGCUCGGGGAAGGGAGCCGCAGCAGCAGGGGGGCUUGCCUUUGCUGGAGGGUUAGUCGGGGGGCCCCUUGGUAUUGCGGUCGGCGGUGCUGUUGGAGGCCUUCUGGGCUGCUGGCUGACCAGUGGACAGUUCAAACCCCUGCCUCAGAUCAUCAUGGAGCUCAACCCUCAGCAGCAGCUGAAGCUCUAUGAUGGUCUUAUGGCGGUCCUGGGAGACAUACAGUGGACAGAUGUGGUUCAGCUAACUACUCUAGUGAUGGGGAACGCCGCCCUGAAGCAGCAAGCUACAGCUGCCCUUCUCGGGUAUAUCACCAAGGAGCUCCAGGCGGAGGUGCACUACGUGGAUUAGUGUCUGUGGAAAAAGAAGAAGUCGCAGAAGGAUAGCGCCUUUGAAAAGAAUGUAAACUUUUGUUUUUAAGCUGAAGAGACUCUUUACUAAGUGUAAAAUAUGAUAUUUUGAAAGUGUACAGGCACCAUCACACUCCUGGUUACACUAUGAGUGUAUCAAAUGAUUGUGGAGAAGCUGUGCAACUUACUCAAUUAUGGGAUGGACACCCAUCACUUUAAGGAACUAUUUAUCGAUAAUUUAAAUGGCACUGACGGUCAUGGAUAAGAUACACUGAUUUCAAUAUUUAAACACUGGGGAUUAUGCACUGAAUGAGUGCCAACCGUAGUGUGAAAUAUUUGGAUUUGCUAGUAAUUUAUUAUUUGAUUUAUGACUUGGAGUUCACCAUUAUCUUUGCACAUUUUAUCAUACUUAAAUUAUUUCAUCCAUUAAAACAAAAGGUUUGUGUAUUUCACUGGUUUUUACAGUUUAAUAUAACACUCAUCGGUCAUUAUUAAAACCAUCUGUGACUUGUGUAAAACAAAAUGGCUUUUUUCUAUAUGGUGGCUUACAUUCUUUGCUAAUGCUUUUACUGGUAUGAAAAUGUCAUCAUGUCAGACAGAAAGUAAAAACAGGGUCCUUUGAACAAGUUAUCUACACAUUCUUUAGAGUUAGAUAACAUAACCCUGGUCAAAACACUCCUGCAAACAAAGCCUUUGGAUCUCUGUACAACAAACUCCUCAUUCUGUUUACAUUUUAUUGUUACUUUUUGAAUUUGCCAGAGGCUUUUCUUGGUUAUCCUUUCAUCUUAUCCCCCUUUUUUGCUCUUAAGGGUUCCAGGGUCUCUUUUGGUUAAUGUGUAUGGAAAACUGACAACUCAGCUUUACUGUAUGUAGCUAUGAAACUGGGCCCAAUCACCACAUGAGAAAAACUUAGGAUAAGAGAAAGCUACCAUCUUAUCUAGCCACUUACAAGCCAAAAAAAUAAUCAUUGCUUUUCCUCCAUGUGCAGCUUAUUUGAUGUCAAAUAAUAGCUUUUGAAAAGAAGUUUUAUUUACCUGGUGGGGUAGUGGCCUUUGGCCUGUACAGUUUUUAAUCCAUUUUUAGCAUAUCCUGCCCUUCAAUUUUGUCUGAUAUUUGUUUAAAUUAGGUUGUCUUUUUCUACGAAGCAUUCUGUAACUUUGUCACUGUUUGUGCUGAAUAAUGUUAUUUGCUAAACUACUACCAAAUGCUUGAAUGAGUAUGGAAUUAGAUAUCUACAGAUAAAGCCCCACAUCCCAAAAUAAAAAAAGUCAUCAAGCUAAAUUAUGCAGAAAAUAAA